AUGCUUUCCCGUGCACGUUCUUCGAGACUGUGCCAUGGCUGUCGACAAGAUUUCCAGGCCCUUUUUGAAAAAGGCUUCUGCGGACCGCCCGUCGCAUUGAAGAGUGGCACGGCGCGCUUGCCCCUGCAAUGGCGAAGACCGGCUGGUCGACAGCACCGCCAAUUGAGACACCUGAGCGGCAAUGCUGCCUCCUUCCAGCAGCAGACUUCUUCCGGCCAUCGGAGUGGACAGCCUCAGCCCGAUGACGAACCCCCUGGAGAUGAUCUCGAUACAGAACAACUGCAAGUGCUGCAAGAGUUGGAGACUGCGCUGGGACGACCCGUAGAAGAAGCAAUCGAGGAAGAUCGCGCUGCUAGCCCAAGCAUACAAGAUCUCUUCCCGGACAGUCAACUGUAUCAGUAUGAGGGUGAUGCCGAUGUUGUGCGAGGGACGAACGAUCCCCUGGCCGCUCUGCGUGCGUCUGGGGCAUCACAUGAGGAUCUUGUGCGAGAGGCAAGGCAGGUCUACGGUGAUGGCCUACCCCAAAAUGCACUAGACGAGGAAGAGCUGAAGAUCUACAAACGACUAUAUGGCGAGCCCAGGUCCUUGUCCUUUGAGGAAUUUCUCGACGAGGAGGAAGCCAGCGCAGUCGAGGAGGCGGUUCCCCACCAGCUGAUGGACCAGGAUGGCGAGCUCGUUGAAUACGAUGCGUCGCCUGCUGUCGCAAAAGAGGACGAGAUCGCGGAAGAAGAGCACGUCCCACAAGAAGGCAAACCCCAAGCUGCAGUGGGAGGAAUCGGUCUUGGUUCUGGUGGCGACGACAAUUUCUCGCCCUUUGCGCCGCCCGAUGUACGCGUACAGGAUAUUGCGCGCAUGCUUAAUGGUCAAGUUCUCGAAGAGGGCGAUCGACUAGAGGAAGAUGAAGCUGAUGAGGAGUUCGACGAAGAGGUAGACCCAAGCAUGAGAGAGCACCCUUUUACACGGCUCGGGAAGUUCGCCACCACUCCCCGUAGCGUGUUCCUCUCUCAAGAUAACUUCGUUGAACCCGUACAGAGAAUUAUGAGCAACUUCUCGAACAAGCAUCUCAAAGAAAUGUGCGAGAAGACCUUCGGUGGCCCUGGCUUCCCUGAUUCGCCCUUGACACCGCGAUCCGGUCGAUCCAGGCGACAGGUGCCCAUCCCUCUUGGGGCGAAUCAAAACCUUAUGGGAGAAAUGGAAGCGAACGCCUACAUCACUACGAUUAUGCCGCCUACCUACGCAGCCAUUAUGUCCGUUCUAGUGGAGACGCGCAAACGACUCGGCACCACUUGGUUGAACAAGCUCUUGGCGAAAGAUGGCGGACCGCGAGUGCUCGACGCUGGGGCUGGGGGAGCAGGUAUCCUCGCCUGGCGUGAGAUAGUUCAUGCACAUUGGGAUACUCUUCACUCGUCCGACAAGGACCCCGUUCCUCCUCCGCCACCCACGAAGUCGGUGGUCCUCACCGGGGCAGAUACCCUAAGACAUCGGGCCGCAAAGCUGUUGGAGAAUACAACUUUCAUCCCACGCUUGCCUGAUUAUGUGCACACCCGCGACGCGCCGACAUUGGAAGACGAUCGACCGGCACAGCAAAGAAAGCAGUUCGACGUGAUUAUAGCGCCGCAUACGUUGUUCCCGCUACACGAGGAGUACAUGAGAAAGAACCAUGUGCAAAAUCUGUGGUCCAUGCUUUCCUCGCAAGGUGGCGUGCUGAUACUCAUUGAGAAAGGGAUCCCCCGCGGGUUUGAGGCGAUCGGUGCUGCUAGGGAAUUGCUCCUGGAGAGGCAUAUCGCCAUUCCCGAGGGAGCAACAACAGAGUACAGCCCCGUGCACAAUGACCCAGAAGAUGUCCAUUCUAGAAGCACAGGGAUGAUCAUCGCACCUUGCACCAACCAUGAGAGGUGUCCAAUGUACAAGACUCCAGGCCUCUCAAAGGGGCGGAAGGACUUCUGCUCUUUCCAACAACGGUAUAUCCGACCGAGCUACCUCCAACGUGCACUCGGCGCCAAAGACCGUAACCAUGAUGAUGUCGACUUCUCGUACAUCUCGGUCAUGAAGGGAGAAGACCUCCGUCAACGACAGAUCCAUUCUUGGUCCAGCCUCGAAGACUCCCUCUCCGCACCUGUUCAUCCCAGUCCCCAAGUCGCCACGGAAGAGUACGAAUCUUGGACAGAACUGUCCGCCAAGGGCUUCGAAGAGGUCCACCCAGACAACAACCUCACAAACAUCCACUCCUUAUUCAGCGACGCCGAUAAACCUCCCUCAACCCUACCCUCGGCCCACACGCUGCCUCGUCUCGUCUACGCACCCAUGAAAAGGCGUGGCCACGUAAUCCUCGACGUCUGCACGCCUCGCGGCAUUAUUGAACGUUGGACUGUGCCCCGGUCCUUUGGGCGUCAAGCGUACCGUGACGCGAGGAAGUCCCGAUGGGGUGAUCUUUGGGCUCUGGGCGCAAAGACUCGAAUACCCAGAAACCUACGACUAGGCGGCUUGAACACCAAAGAAGCGAAGAAAGCACGAGGCCGGAACGAAAGACUGAAGCAGCAAGCGCAGGACCUGUUGGAAAAGAUGCACGAGGAGAAGCUCGACGAGAUGGAUGAGAUGCAGGAGAUGGAGAGAGAGUUCAGGGAAGGAAGGUUCUUGGACGAAGCAGACACAGCGAAGAAAUCCAAGCCCCACAAGAUCAAGAGAGAGCAGUCCAAUGGAGGAGUCGAAGCGUUUACAAUGGACGAUUUCGACAUGAACGAGCUGAACCCGCCUCUAAUAUCGAGCAAGAAGCAGACGCAGAAUCAGAACCAGGUCCCUUCAUCCCUCGGACGCCAUACGGCGAGGCAAACAGAGCCGUCCACGCCAGCUGCAUCAGCAGGGAAAGACGAUCUCACCCCCGAAGAGAUGCAGACUCUCCGCGAGUGGGACGACAUUCUUGCUGGAGGAUCGGGCAUUCCCAUCAAGGGCGCCCGGUCCAUGAGGCAGUAUUCCAAGUUCGCGCCGAAGGGAAAGAAGACCGAGAUAAGGAAAAGCGGAAAGAUUCGGUAA